CACUAAAAAUGUUCACAACAUUCAGAAUUGUAUUCAUACAGCCUUCAGAACAAGUCCGCUAACAGCCUUGAGGUGGCAGCAACGUGCUUACGGUACAUAGCAGUACUACCGGAAAUGAGCAUUAGAAGAAGAAUGUAACGUUGGAAAAAGCUACAGUACUAUCGCCGCGUCAGAUGAUUAGCGAAUAGUAAAAACACUGUUGAAAGACUGACAGUCCACCUCUCUUUUCUGCAUUACAAAACGUCGUAAGUCGUCCGUUAUGUAUAUUGGUCCGUUAUUUACAGUUUGAAGCCUCUCUCGCUGCGCUGAUAAUGCUGAAAAUGAAGCUACCGAUGAAAACGGGCGAGGAAGGAGGCGACGAAACUGCCGAGGACGAUUCAUUGGAUCUAUCGGAGCAUCAACAUAUUCCCAGGGCGGUACCUCCUUCUUCGGUGUCCGGCCAUCUGGAUGAUUCACCCAGACCUAGUGUGUAUCCAUUCCAGCUGGACAAGGAGACUGUUUUUGAGUGGUUUGGCCUACAUCUUAACCCUGCUAAGCGGAUCGAGUUCAUGUGCGGACUGCUACAUAUGUGCCAACCCCUGGAGCUCCGCUUUUUGGGAUCUUACUUAGAGGAUCUUGCAAAAAAAGACUAUCAUGUUUUAAGAGACUUUGAGUUUCGUGCUAAUAGUCCAAGCGACUUAGGAGUUUUAACAGACGUUAUAGAUCCAGUCGUUAGGUCCAAACUCCUAGUCUGCAUUUCCCUCCUCGGGUCUGACAGCAGGGAAUGCGCUGGAAUACUCUUUCGGAUACUGAGCCAUGUAGAUCCGGCCCUGUUCUACAAAAAUUAUGACUACUCCCUCCCUUCAUUCUCCGACCCUAACCACCACUCGUUCCAUCCACCGUGUCAGGACGGGAAUAUGUACGGGCGGUCAGAGGAGACCUGCGGCUUCUCCACUAAUGAACCAGCGGCAGGACCUCUGGAGCAGUUGGCGCUGCUUUUUGCCAUGGCCUCUCUCCAUCCAGCGUUCCACUUCCACCAACGGGAGAUUGUCCGGGACCAGCUUGACAAAAUAGAGCUUGCCAUAGCGGAGGAGCAGAGACGUCAAAGUCAGCUAAGAAUAAACGCCCAGAUAACGGAGCUGACGAGUCAGAAGACGGAUUACCUGCCUUCCCCAGCGCUGGGUUUGGGGGAUUGUACUGCAGCCCAUCCUCCCUGCCAGAGCCGUCGCUCCAGCCGCUGGGCAACACAAAGAGAAGCAGUGCAUAUAGAGGGAAUUGUGCUCAGGGGCAUCACUCGCACCAGAAUAGACAAGGAAUACAACUUUGAGGUGAAGUGGUCAGACUCUUCUUCUAGUAGUGUGACCAAAACCCAUCUGGAACUGGAGAAUUUCCUUCUUAAGCUCCCUAAGGAUCAGAGUACUGAGUCUUUUGAGAAAAGCAUCCUGAGACUUCUGAGCCAGGGGGAGCGGAACGUGAGCAGAGAGGUGGAGAACAACCUCAGGGAAAAGUUCCUGUCUGCGCCUCCAGUCUUCAGACAGACCAGGAAGGUGUGCAGCUUCUUCAACUGUGACUCCAGUUACUCUACAAAACCGAGCUGCUGCAGAUGUAACUGCCAGUUGGGUAAGGCCUACCAAGGAGACUGUUCUGAUGCCUCCAGUCAGGAGGAAGAUCUAGAACUGUAUGCUCAGGGACACAAGAAAAAGAACGGGGCCAAAAGUCCAUGUCCAGGUGGCCGGGGCCCUCAAGGGGAUGUUUGGAGGGGGGGCCACGCUGCAGAGAUCAAUGUUCCAUCAGAGAGGAGGAAGAGCUGUACACUGAGGAGCAGCCAGGAGGCCGACCAGGUGAGGGAUAAACCUGGCCUAUAUCAAAGACGAAUCACUUGUACACCAGAGAAGGACCUCUCCGUCGUAACGGGCCUGAAGGCGACCCGAGGAAGCGCCGAGGAGGCAAGGUCUCUCAGACGUGACGGUCGCCACCACAGUCGCUGCCACCAUACAGACAGCCACUCUGAUGACUCUAGCAAAGGGCCGGGCCCUGACAUGUUCUUCGCCCUCCAGACUGAUCCCUCUGUGGUUGGGGAUCUCUCCUCUGUCCAGCCUCUGUCUUCCAAUAACCACCAGGCCCAGACAGGGCCCCUCUGCCCCGAGACCAGUACAGAGAUCCCCCCUUUCUCCUUCAUGCGUUCUCUGCCCUUUGUGAUCUCUAAUGGAGCUGCUGACUCAGCACUUCCACUGGCCCCUCCUCCUCCCAGCCAAAGCAUAGUCCCCGAUGUGAUGCCCUCGUCUGGGACCGUGAUGAUGCCCCUAGUGCCUCCAGCUCUUCUAGGCCCUGGGAUUGUAGGAGACCCAGAGAAGAGGGACAUGCUCCCAACCUUUGGGAUAGCCCCGAUUGGCCUCCACCCUCCUUCAGCAGGUCUUGCUGUGCAACCUCUGGUCCAGAGGUUCAAAAAAACUAUGUCUCAGAGUCACGGUGUCACGGAUGGAGCUACAGGGAGUGGUUCUAGUGCCCCACCUGCUUCACACCAGGCUCCUAUAAGAGCCAUCAGAGUUAUGUCUCCUGGCCCGACAUCCUUUGCCUCGUCUCUGCAGCAGCCUCUGCCCUGCCAAGACCCGGCCGGUGUCAGCCCAGGCCUGUCCUCCACCCUGACACACGUGGAGACUUCACAUGCCAAGCUCCCCGGCUUAACCUUACCAUCUGGCCUGCCUUCUCCAUACACCCUGCCCCCUGUCCCCACCUCUGCCAUGCCUACUGCAGCCCCUGGAAUAGCUCCAUCCUCUGGACAGGUACAAGCAGCUGUCCCUCCAGCUGUGCCCACCCACACCCCUGGGCCCGCUCUGAGCCCCAGCCCAGCGCUGACUCACAGCACAGCACACAGCGACUGUACCUCCUACAGCAACAACAGUGCUUCCUGUGGGAGUGCCUCUGUUACACCUGGAAACCCCAUUACUCUUCAGCAAACCCAACAGCUACACUUGCCCCCGCAGCAACUAACCCAACCUCAACAACAGCAACAGCAGCACCAGCAGCACCAACAACAACAGCACCACCAACAACAACAACAACAACAACAGCAGCAACAACAACAACAGCAGCAGCAACAGCAACAACAGCAGCAUCAGCAACAACAGCAUGCAAUAGGCUGUGGGACCUGUGGUUGUCACAACAACUGCGGUAGCAGAGGCAGCCUCAGUAACAACAACAGUGUCACUAUGCCCCCUGGUUGCCAAGCACCCUUAUUCUUCCCCCACCAGAUGGCGGGAACACGACAGGUGUUCAGCGUCCCAUCGCCUGUCUUUCAGCUCACAAGCCUGUGCAGCAACAGUUACCUCACCCAGGCCCAGUCCCCCCACCAAGCCAAUGGUGCCACCCCCCUGCCCCCCUUCUUCCCCACCGCCCCACCACCCGCACACCCGUCCCCAUAUGGUCCCAUGCACACUCACUCCCACAGCCAUGCAGACGUGCCAUCACACAUGCUUGGCACCACUGCAGCUGCAAACUACAACCUCCAACAGCAGAUGGCGCCAGCGGCAUCUUUCUUUCAACGCUUAUACCAGCACGUGUACCCAAAUCCCCUGGGGAUGCUGCCUGCUGCAGCACUGGGCGGAGGUGGAGUCAAUAAGAAAAGCGGCAGUGUGUCCUGCUAUAACUGUGGUGUGAGUGGCCACUAUGCUCAGGACUGCAACCAGCCCUCCAUAGACUCCACACAGCAAGGUAGUGCAGCUACACGGAACAGGGAGAAACAGAGAACCCCUUAGUUUUCUUCCCCAGAAACCCCAGCACUACAACAUGACUAAAUUAGGGCUCAUCCUCAUAAAGUAUAUUUUCAGCUGAUUCAUUUCAGUUCUGAUGGGUUACCUUAUUGGUCAGAAGAGAAGCUGUGCCAAUGGAACAUUCAUAUUGCACGCAAUAACAGCACUUAAAUGCUUAAAAAUACUUAUGUGGGUUAUCUACAGGGCCACCAGUAAUGAGGUACGUUAGGAAACCGAUUGUUGGUACCUGGAAUCACUGCCAGAAAAUGAUAUAAUUGCAAAGAGCAGAACCCCAACCACCCAUUGUCCCCGAUAGCUUAUUAGAGAUAAGAAAAAAGUCGACAGUUAUACAUUCGCAUUGAAAAGUUUCAGGAAAAUGCAGUGGGCUGCACUUUUAUUUUGUUUUAUUUUUCUCUUGAAAAAAAGAAAGUUCUUUUACUUCAAGUUAUACUUCUGAUAUUCACACAUUUCACAUUUGGUUUUGUUGCCUUAUUUUGGUUUGCCAAACCUUAAUGGGCUAAAUACUGAACCCUGAGGAACCCCCAAUGUAAAUGUUUUGACUCCCAUCAGCCACAAGUUGCAGCAAUGCUUGAAAACAACCUUGGACUAGUAUUACAAAGGUGGACUAUCUGCACAGAGUUGCAACCUUUAGAUUUUGCUUUGGGAAGCAUGACUCCUGUCACACUCCCAGUGUUAGUGCUAGGGAUGGGUACCAAAACCCGGUUUUAAGCGGGCCCCAGGGCAACAUUUUGAAAGACGUUAUCUUGCACAUCUUAUUCAACCAACUCUGUUUCUAAUUUGCAAUACCCUUAUUUUUGCUCUCUUCACUCCGUAAGAGCAAUCUCUCUCGUCUGUGUACAAGGGCGGAGCAGCUCUCUCAUGCUGCAGCGCCAUACACUAACACGUAGAUCUGCCGGGGACGGAACAAAACGUUUAAAACAUAGUUACACUUUACAAGGCUCUAUGUAGACAAUGGCAAAAGUGUUUAUUGCGGAAACACAAGCUAUCUGUCCUAACAUGUGAUUUUUACUCCAGGGGCCUGUACUACGAAGCUGGUUCAACCUAACCUGGAUAUGUUUGAGUUAGCCGGUUGGCCUAAUCCAAAACA